UUCAAGGACCUCUACCGCUCGAAGUGAUGUCUUCACCCGCCGCUACGCCGUCGAAGGACUGGCCCGCCUCGGAGGUGGACCUCGAAGCAGCCGCCACGCCGCCGCCUCCGCCUCCUCGGCGGCGCUGCUGGGGGCGCUGCUGCCUGGCGGCCUUCUGCAGCAUCGCCGUUAUGGCGCUGGCGAUCGGCGGCAGCCUGGCGCUCUGCUCGACCUCCUCCCUCGCUGAGUGCAAACUCUGCCGCGGCCUCAACUACCUCCUCCUGCCGUCGGGCGAGCCCGCCUCCAACCUGCCGCACGACGCUUCCACACGCAUCCUCAACGGCGUCGCCUUCCCGUCGGCGCUUGCGGUGGGGGACGAGGAGCUCUGGUUCUCGGGCGGCGGGGACCGAUACGAGUACGGCCUGGUCAAGGUCUACACGGCGGCUAGCUACCUCUCCCGCGACUACUUCCACGAGUGCGACCCGGCCGAGGCACCCUUCUCCGAAAUCGUCGCCUCUGGCGACGCGAAGAUGAUGGUGCUGCACAUGCACUACCCCGCGUCGAUCGAUGAGGUGGCCGAAUCGAUCAACAAGCACCUCGCACCGCGGCUGCCGCAAGCCACCGCCGCCACCACGCUGCGCCACCUCAGCGGCGCCCUCACCUCCAACAAGAUUGCGCAGGGCGGGCUGCACCCCGGCGACGAGAUCUUUCUCUCGUGCGAGGCGGGCACGAUGUCGGUCGCCUUCGGCGCGGCCGACGACGCGUCCAAAAAGGCGCUGAGCGAGCCGGGCCUGUGCGAGGCCUUCUGGGGCAUCUACCUCUCCAAAUCCCCGGUCUUUGACGCUGUCAAGGAGGGCAUGGCUCGCGGCUUCCCCGAGCGCGCGGCUGCGCUGUGCGGCGUCGAGGCAGAGGCCCUCAGCGGCGGGUGGGCGCAGGAUCUGGCCGCGUCGGCGGCGGCACUCCCCCAGUCCGCGGCCUGGUCUGCGGCGGCGCUGGAGCACGAGGCGGAGGUGCUGGAGCAUACAGUGGAGGAGGACUUGAGUAGCCUCGCCGCCAAGCUCCGCGGAGGCGGCCCGGGCGGGGAGGCCUGAGGCCGAGCGGGCGGAUAUAUCACAAAUGUGUGGGUGGCUGUUGUGCCGCAUGUGUCCUCUCCAGAGGGUCCCUCUAUCUCUCUGGCUCUCUCGAUGUGCGCAUGUCCUCUGACCAAUCCCUCAAUUUUGUCCAUGUUACACUACUACCCUCUCUCUCUUCA